GAUGCGGCCGCAUGUCGCGGUGGUGUUUGAACUGAUGCGCCAUGCAGGUCACUGAGUACAAUGACAUAAAGGUCUACAAUCUUUCAGCAGGAAAGUCCUUGCCACAGUGGUUGGCUGAAGCUCAAAAAAAGAAGCAGUCGCUUCGGCGCAAUGAGGAUUUCAAGAAGCGCAUCGACUUGAUUCAGGACUUUGAGUUCAAUGUUGCAUCAUCGAGAGUAAGAAUAUCCGCAGAUGGCGACCACGUCCUUGCGACUGGCAUCUACGCGCCGGAGCUUCGCAUUUUCGAUCUGAAAGAGUUGGGCCUGAAGUGUUCUCGUGGCCUCGAUUCGGAAGUGGUCGAUUUUCUCCUUCUGUCUGAAGACUGGAAAAAACUCGUCAUGCUUUUGGACGAUCGCACCCUGGAAUUCCACUCUCAGUAUGGCCGGCAUCACCGUCUACGAGUCCCAAAGUGUGGACGCAGCCUUAGCUAUGACAGCGAGUCAUGCAAUCUCUUUGUCGGUGGAUCUUCAUCUUCCCUGUACAGGCUUGACUUGGAGGCAGGCACAUUCUUGACGCCCCUGGAAAUGCAGAAGCUUACUGAGAUCAACGAAGUGGUGACGAACCCACGACUGCCAAUCCUGACCUGUUGUGGAGAUGGUGGCAUAGUUGAAUCAUACGAUUUGCGAGAUCCAUCACCGCUCCAGUUGCUGAAGGUCCAUGAUGGAGGAAUUGGAGAAACUGCUGAGGUGACCAGAUGCGCGUACUCCAGCAAUGGCAUGUUUUUUGCUGCAGGAACAUCCGAGGGAUUGGUUCGAGUUUACGAUCUCAGAAGCAGUCGUCCAAUUUCCGAGCGUGAUCAUAUGAAUGACUACGCAAUCUCAUCCCUUUGUUUUCACAGCCGCGGACCGGAAUCAUCUGACCUGCUCGUGGCAUCUGCAGAUAAGAGUUCCAUCAAGGUUUGGGCAGCAACAAGUGGCCGCAUGGUUGCAUCCGUAGAGUCGCCAAGUGUUGUUAACCAGAUCACCUUCUACCCAAAUUCCGGCAUGAUCUUCGCAGCGAAUGACCAAUCGCGCUUGGGGGUCUAUUUUGUGCCCAGUAUUGGAUUUGCACCACCGUGGUGUUCUUUCUUGGACAAUAUCACAGAGGAGCUCGAAGAAAGCAAGCAGAAGACAGUGUUUGAGGACUUUCAGUUUGUCACCAAAGACGAGCUUGAACAGCUGGGUGCAACAGAGCUAAUGGGCACCAAGUACUUGCAGCCCUAUAUGCAUGGCUUCUUCAUGGAUUAUCGGCUCCAUGCCAAGCUGAAGGCUGCUCUCGACCCCUUUGCGUUUGAGGAGUACAGGAAGCAGAAGGUACGAGAAAAACUUGAAGCAAAGAGGACCAUGCGAACUCGGAUCAAAGAUCAAAGCAAGGUUAGUGUGAAUCCAAACUUCCACAAGCAGCUGCAAGAAACUGCAGAAGAAGGUGCCACAGCUGGGGCAUCCAAAAAACGCAAGGAGGCUGCUGACAAAGCCAAGCGCAUUCUGGAAGACCAACGCUUCCAGGCCCUAUUUGCUGAUCCUGACUUUGCAAUUGAGGACUCUGCAAAUCGAGUGGCAGAGGCUUCUGCAGCUGCAACUGCUGCCCUGGCAUCAAGAACUAAAAAGAAGCGCACCACAAAGGCUCCUGGCAAGGGGUGAGCAGUUGCGAAAAGCGGUGAAUCGAUUUGAUGAAAAUUGAGUGCGGAAAACUCGGUCACAACACGGUGACCCAAAGUGUUUCACUGCUUCAGACCUGUGCUUUCUAUUGUCAUUAAGCCGCGGGUUAAAAGCCAGUGC